CGCAAUCCUAGCCUUGAAAUUGUCAAUCUAAGCUUGCCCUCACUCACCUACCUCCUGUUGCUGAGGCUGCACCUACUCCGUACCUACCUGCACCCUUAGGUGACGUGACUGCACCCACACACCCUCUGCAAGUGGGCAAAACACCCAUUAGAACAGUGCACAAAAGGGGCGCUCAACACAACUAGACGUCCCCUUGGAAUAACCACCUCCCUUACUGUCUCCCUUUCCCUGGACCCUUUGGAAGUGCAGAGGGACGUGGUAUCGCCCCCUGGGUACUAAGGGUGUGUGUGAGAGAUAUCUACAACCAUGGGGGAGGAGGAUAAUGCCUGGGUGUUGGAUAGUCUGGUCAAUUUUCUAAGAGGACCAGUGUGGAAUGUCCCCAUACUGACCUUCAUUGAGCAUAAAUCUCUCAAAGGGGAAACUACUGCUCAUUUACCGGGGAAAACUGUGGUAAAGGGUAACUCUGGCAAUGUUUGCUCACUCUGUCACACCUGCAUGUUAGUGUUCGUGUGUUUGCGUGUUUGUGUUUGCGUGUUUGCACUGUGUCUCUCACUGUCUCUCUCUUUCCAUGGUGUGGACACAAGCACCACCGACAUGACAAAGGAAGAGCAACAUGUCUUGGAGGAAAUUAAGAAGAAGUCCCUGGAGGACCACCAGGCCCUCCAGGAAGGUCUGGACGCCGAGACCAGAGACCUGGAACGAGCACUGGUCGAGUCCAAGGAAGAGAAAGAGAGACUGGAACAGGAGAGAGACAGAGAGAAGCAGAUGCUGGAAGAAGCCCUGAAAUUAUCCCUUAGUGACACACCUGGAGAAGUUACCCCUAGAGAGCCUCUGCCUCCCUUCCAGAGCACCGAGGUAAACCCUGAAGAGCUCAAGAAGAGACAGGAGUACCUGAAGGCGCAGAGGGACAAGCUCCUGGCCCUGAAACAGGAGGAGAGAGAGAAACAACUCGCUGCCUUUGAGAAAUCUGAGCCACAGAAACGACCCAAGUCUUCCCGAGCAGCGAGAAAAGUGCUGGAAGGCUCCACUAUCGACGCUCAGACACUACACGUCAGAAAGGCUCUGGCAGAAAGGCUCAAGGCUGAAGUCAUCGGUGAACAGUAAGACGGGGAAAAAGGCCUCGAAAAACUGAAAAAAGCCCUCAAAAAAAAGUAAUUGAUAAAAGGCCUCGGUAAAAGGCCUUGGGGAUUAAAGGAUUUUGUAAAAAGGCCUUGAAAAGUCUUCGGCACAGUCAAGGAGGAAGGGAAAAAGGCCUUGGUCCAGCAGCAGCAGACUUUCCGGCCAUUAAUUAAGCCACUUUGUUUUUACCUCUGAAAGGCCUUUUAUUGUUAAGGUUUUCUAAUUCUCACUAAAAUUCUCUUCUCCCGGUCCCAUAAGCCCGAAGGCCUUUUGAAGACUUCUUUUAAAGACUUCAAUGAUUUCUAAGACUCUCAAGAUUGUUCAGAAGACUUCUCAAGGCUUUUGAAGGCUCAUGAAGGCUUUUGAAGAUUUCUGAAGGCUUUUGAAGGCCUUUGAAGGCUUUUGAAGAUUUCUGAAUGCUUUUGAAGGCUUUUGAAGAUUUCCGAAGGCUUUUGAAGGCUUUUCAAGACUCCUAAAGGCUUCUAAAGGCUCCUGAAGAUUUCUGAAGUCUCCUGAAGGCUCCUGAAGGCCCCUGAAGGCCCCCUGAAGGCCCCUGAAAGGUCCUAAAGGCCCUUGAAGGCUCCUAAAGGCUCCUGAAGGCUCCUGAAGGCCCCUGAAAUUUCUGAAGGCUCCUGAAGGCCCCUGAAGGCUCCUGAAGGCUCCUGAAGGCUCCUGAAGGCCCCUAAAGGCUCCUGAAGGCUCCUGAAGGCUCCUAAAGGCCCCUGAAGGUUCCUGAAGGCUCCUAAAGGCCCCUGAAGGCUCCUGAAGGCCCCUGAAGGCUCCUGAAGGCCCCUGAAGGCUCCUGAAGGCUCCUGAAGGCCCCUGAAGGCUCCUGAAGGCUCCUGAAGGCUCCUAAAGGCCCCUGAAGGCUCCUGAAGGCCCCUGAAGGCUCCUGAAGGCCCCUGAAGGCUCCUGAAGGCUCCUGAAGGCUCCUGAAGGCCCCUGAAGGCUCCUGAAGGCUCCUGAAGGCCCCUGAAGGCUCCUGAAGGCUCCUGAAGGCCCCUGAAGGCUCCUGAAGUCUCCUAAAGGCUCCUAAAGGCCCCUGAAGGCUCCUAAAGGCCCCUGAAGGCUCGUGAAAGCCCCUGAAGGCUCCUGAAGGCUCCUGAAGGCCCCCGAAGGCUCCUGAAGGCUCCUGAAGGCUCCUAAAGGCCCCUGAAGGCUCCUGAAGGCUUGACGUAAUCACCCUGUGUGACAUCACCCACUGCUGUGAUGUCAGUGUUGUGUCAGUGGGAUGAACUACAACGCAGCAGUAGACGGGGACAACAUGGCGUCCCAAAUUUAGACUUCAAAUGGCAAAUAUCUCAAAAUAUACACAUGGUUUUUUGUAUUGCAAGAGUAGAUUUGACUCAAUUUUUUCCUGUAUGUCUAAAAAUAUCGAUGUUUUUUCACCAGUUGCUCAAAAAAUCACAAAAAAAAAAUGUGUAAAUGAGUACUGGGUCAAUUUCUGACGGAGGGCUAACGCCCCAAAAAAAGAAAAAUGACCCCUUUUUUUGAGUUAUGCUUCGCAUUUUGAUUCACUAAGACACUUACACUGUGAUAUAUGUAUAUGCAAAGGCUGGCACUGUGGCUGGCCCUGGCCAUUAGUGCCAUUUAUGGAGUCACAAACGCAAUGUAAGAGGCUAUUUAACCACGUUUAUCCCACACACUGGCCUUUUUCAGGUCACAUACAGGUCUACCUGGUCAUUCUUGACCUGUUCUUGAUCCUUAUCCCUCAUAACAUACUGACCUGCCCAUCCUAGGCAGGUCAGUCUCAAAUCCAACCUACCUUGAUCCAUCAUGGGGCUUGGUCUCAGACCGGGCCACGGGGGCGUUGACCCCGGAACCUGACCAGCAGGGCUGUGGCUCGUACGUUGGAUUGCGUGCAGCCAGCAGUAACAGCCUGGUUGGUCAGACCCUGAUCCACCAUGAGGCCUGGUCACAGACCGGGCCGCGGGGGCGUCGACCCCCGGAAGUCUCUCCAGGAAAACCCAGUCUUCACACAGGGGUGUUUCAAAAAGAUAGACCCGGUUUCAAUGCAACAUGCUUUAAAAAUGGGUAAUUUUGAAACACCCCCAUAUAUGCUGACUCUCUACCCUGGUAGAUCUGUUUUGUGACUGAUGAAACCCAGUAUGUGGGCGAAAUACAGUAGAGCAUCGCAUUAUAGUGCAUUGAUCUACACAAUACCAUUUGUCUGUACACGAGACGACCUUCUAGAUAUAGCCUUCCUCAGUGCCUUUUAAAGCUAGUUUCGUACGAGGGGAAGUUCGGGGUUAUCAGUCCCUCAGGAGAGACUGAUAAUGCCACUACGUGGUGAAGCAUUUCUCCAGCCAGUGGCUUCCUCAGUCCAAUACAGACAACACACUGACUCCAGCCUCAGGGACUGAUCACCCCAAACUCCUCCUGACCUCCAACCAUUCUUCUCAUUAUACUGAAAUUCACAAUAGAUAAAAUAGACACCGUUUUUGACCAUAAAGUUUCGCCUAGUGACUUGCUACAGCCUCCUGUGUGAGCGAAAAGUUGUGAAUAAUGUCGCUACCCUCUGAAAAGGACCUCACUUAAAGGUGUCCUCUCACAGACCCAUAUUCUAUUGUUCUAUCUUCUAUUCUUCUAUCGUCUAUUGCUCUAUGGUUAGCAGAAAUAGACCCAAUAAUUGAUGGUAGAUAUAGGCCUAAGACAGGCCAUUUUACCCGGCUUUCAAAUCAAAAUUCCGUCCAUGAAGUUUCAACUCGAUCCACUGUAAAGUGUAGCCACUAUAAUUACUACCACAUAAAUAAAGAUCACAUAGAACCGGUUUUCUAAGAACCUGUGAACCCAUGUGAAGGUUCUAUAAGGGAUCUAGUGGAUCUAUAAGGGCUUGUGAACCCAUGUGAAGGUUCUAUAAGGGAUCUAGUGGAUCUAUAAGGGCUUGUGAACCCAUGUGAAGGUUCUAUAAGGGAUCUAGGGG